AUGAUGCUCACAACUUAUCAAUCAGCCCUCGCAGAGUAUUGGGGCAGAGUAUUUAUCGGCGAGGACGAACAACAGCGGAAAAUCGACCGGUAUCACAUUGAAUGCCUCAAGCAAAUUUUAUAUGACAAGCCUAAAGCAGGUUUGUAUUGUAACCGAACAUGGGACGGAAUUGCAUGCUGGCCGGAAACAGAGCCUGGAUCAUAUGCUCGGAUGCCUUGUCCGGAUUAUUUUCAUGGAUUCUACGUCAACAAUGCUGCCACAAGGUUCUGCAUGCCUGAGGGACGUUGGUAUGUUCAUCCUGUUUUUAACCAGACCUGGACUAACUACACUGCCUGCUUUGACAAGGAAAUGCUUACUCCAACUUCCUCUGUACCAGAAUUAAUCCAGAUUCACAUGAAGAACAUCCGGGUGAUGUAUAACAUCGGCUAUGGAAUUUCACUUAUAUCCCUGUCCGUUGCAGUCUUCAUCAUGAUUUACUUCCGAAAAUUGCAUUGCCCCAGGAACACAGUCCAUGUGAAUCUGUUUGUAUCAUUUAUCCUGAGAGCAACUGUGUCCAUUCUUAAGGAAACACUUCUAGUUCAGGGACUUGGACUGCACAAGGACGUAGAACGAAUUCCGUAUGAAGAUACGGUAUUAUUUAUUAAUGAAGGAACGCACUGGGAGUGUAAAUUGCUGUUCUCAGUUUUCUACUAUGUGCUGUCCGCCAGCUACAUGUGGAUCUUCGUAGAGGGCAUACACUUACACACACUGAUCUUAGUCUCCGUCUUCUCUGAGAGGAGUAGUAUCAAAUACUACGUCAUACUCGGCUGGGGUUCGCCAUUCCUAUAUGUCAUUCCAUGGGUCGUGGUUCGGAUCACUGAAGAAAAUAUUCUGUGUUGGAAUACAAACCCAACUCAUGAAUAUUUCUGGAUCAUAAAAGGACCCUUAGUUCUAAGCAUUGUGAUCAAUUUCUUCCUAUUUCUGAACAUCUUGAGAACGUUAUUUUUCAAUAUGAAAAGUCCAAAAUCACAAUCAGCGAAGCGACACAAGUACAGGCGAUUGGCAAAAGCAACUCUAGUUCUCAUCCCACUUUUUGGAAUUCAUUAUAUCGUAUUCAUUGGUUUUCCUGAUGAACUCGAACCAGAAACAGAAGUGGUUAAACUUUACUUUGAAAUGUUCCUCAACUCAUUUCAGGGAUUGGUGGUUGCCAUAUUAUUUUGCUUUAUGAACGGUGAGGUGCAAAUGGAACUGUUAAAAAGGAUAUGCCGGAAACGGGCCUACAUUCAUUAUCAACGAUAUUACCGAACAUCACUAAACCCUACCAACUUAAAGUGUUCAUGCCAGUGUCACAAAGUAGAAAACAAUUUCACGACAGGGAAUUCGCGCCAAAGCAUAUACGACAGUGAUGGAAUACAACGUCAUUUUUCAGAGGGUGGCAACUAUCAAAAUCGCAGGUUGGGGCGCAAGCUAGGUGCAACCAAGAAGCCCUACACUGUGUUUGUGAUUAUUGUGAACUAUGGCUAUAGGAACUAG